AUCUCUCCUUUUAUAUCUCGCAGUUCUAGAUUGUUCGUUCGUGUAGAGAGGAAGACGGCGAUGGGAACUGGGCGUGAAGCCAGCGUGUCGCUAGAUGGAGUCAGAGACAAAAACGUGAUGCAGCUUAAGAAACUCAACACUGUUCUCUUCCCGGUCCGCUAUAACGACAAGUACUACGCCGAUGCGAUUGCAUCCGGCGAGUUCACUAAGCUUGCUUAUUACGGUGACAUAUGUGUCGGAGCUAUUGCUUGUCGGCUGGAGAAGAAAGAAGGCGGGGCCAUGAGAGUGUAUAUAAUGACACUUGGUGUUCUUGCACCAUACCGCGGCAUUGGCAUUGGUUCAAAGCUAUUGAAUCAUGUUCUUGACAUAUGCACCAAGCAAAACAUAUCUGAAAUAUACUUGCACGUUCAGACAAACAACGAAGAUGCGAUCAAGUUCUACAAGAAGUUUGGGUUUGAGAUCACAGAUACCAUACAAGACUACUACAUCAACAUAGAGCCAAGAGACUGUUAUGUUGUCACCAAGUCCUUUGCUCAGUCUGAAGCCAGCAAAUGAUGACAAUACACCACUUAGGGAAAGCCAUUCUUUCCCUGUUUGUUUGUUCAUUGAAGAAUCUAUUCUUAAUGUUAUGUUUUUGUUUCCUGAGUUUUGCUUGUUUUUUUUGAUGACCUCAAAGUUAUAGAUUCAUGGUUGUCUAGUAAACCCUUGGUUUUGGACCUCUUAGUCGAGGAAGUUUCAAAUUUCAACAUUGCAGCU